AAAGUUCCCUUCACAUACUCUGUGAAACUCAACAUUAUCUGCAUACAAAAACAGCAUAUCAUACAAUGUCAGGUGUAGGAAGUGGAACUCAAUCGCCUCCUCUCGAAGCCACUGGAGAAGAAGUGCCAAUGGGCGUGUCAUCUAUCGAUCAGGAGGAACCGGUACAGCACGUCAAGGAUGCUGAUCAGAGAAAAGAUUACUUCGACAACUCUGUAAGUGAUAACUGCAAGGAUUGUGUAGCCUUAGGCAUCAGCCCCUAACAAGUGUAUCCAGGACAAAUCGGGACAACAAACCGCCUCAGAGAAAGAGAAAAAGAGUCGAGAAAGAAAGGAGAAGAAAUAAGCUAUAGGGAUUGCUAAUGU